AAAGAACCAAGUUUUGUUUGACUAAGACAGUUUUCUUCAUCAUUAUAUUUUUCUUUCUUGUCGCAGAGUUUUCACGGUGAAGUUUGUUACCUCACAGUACGGGUUAGAGGAACCAUCAAGGUUAGGUCUGCUGAGUCAACGAGGGCUUAGACGAAUGGUUAUUGGUCAUAGGCUCGGUAUCAGUAUCAACAAGCAAACAUCUUGGAUUUUAUAUUCGUUUCCAAACCGGAGUCACUAGACACUCACCUUACCGCCACUUACACACAUAAUACACAACAGAGACAACAUCAUGCCUCCACGUAGGAAUCUACCCACGCUGUCUAUUCACUCGAGACAGCCCGCCGCUGCCAUGUCUUCUACUUUAUUAUCCCCCUCCCCGAGUAAUAGGUCUUCUAUGAUGCCUAUCACACCACCUGCUCGACUACAUCUCCGAAAUAUUUUACCGCUAACUCCUGACGGUAUGCCUACACCCCCACCCCCGCCUCGUAAGCCAUAUCCCUGGCUGUGGCAGUGUCACUCAUGCAACACCAUCUAUCGCAUUGGCUGCACGCGGCGCUGUCUCGUCUGUGAUCACGAGUAUUGCGUUUCUACAACUACGCAACAGACCCGUCGUGGUAAGAAGCGACGCCGCAGCAACAGCACGUGCCCCUCGGAGUUUGACUAUGGCGGAUGGGAAGAAUGGGGUGCCUGGCGCCGCAAGGUUCUUGGAUUACAAAUCACAACUUGGGCGGGACAGAAGCAACGCGAGCAAGCUUUCGUUGAUCGGAAGCACAAUUGCAUGAUCGACUGCGAUUUCCCAUCUCAAUGCCACCAUGAGCGGUUCAGGCUUCAAGAGGAAGCACUAGAAAAGAAUUUGCAGGAGUCACCCCUGGAGGGACUCCCAUCACCAUCGCCCAUCGCAACCGUACCAUUGGGCUUGGACGAUAAAAUGCCGUCAACUGUGACGCUGGAAGUGCGAGAGAUUGCGGAUCAAAAUAACGGACAGGGAAGUCCUACUAGUCCCAAAAGUCCGCUUAGGCAGAGUUUCUUUUGGGAUGAAGCAGAGGACAAAGAGGGAGAAGAGGUUUCAUGGUGGGUGGCUGGUCAACAACAGGAAGAAAUCAAGGCUGAGACUCACCAGAAGAGCCAAUCGACAUCUGGAAACAAGGAUGAUAAAACGAGAGAGGCGACUCCCCUAAUUCUCGAAGACAGAAAUGCGAAGCCGUUGUACAAUGCGAUGGAGGAUAAGGACAUAGUUCGUCGUGCUAUUAAGUGCAGCAAAAGAUCACGGUGCCGGUCAAGAAAUUCCAGUCGAGAACAUCCGAAACACAGGAGCAGACUGACGGUGCGCAACUUUACCAAGGCGGAUGGAUGGGAAGAUUGGGAGGACUCGUCAGACAGCGACUCUGAUGAUAGCUCAGUGGCAUCUUUCUCCUCAUUUUCGUCGUCAUCAUCUUCCGAUGGUGAAUGGCUUCCGGCAAGUGACCUGACGUCUGCCUGUAGCUCUGAAGCUAGCAGCACAACUGAUGCAGAGGAAAGCGAGGAGGAAGAAGUGGACCAGGAGUUGAGGGAAUUGAUUAAAGUAAGCAACUCUUUCUUGCAGAGUUAAGGGCGUAAUAGUAAGAAAAUGGGCGGAUGUGAAGCGGGAGGAACAAAGCGAUCUGAAUCAGAAAGGGUAACGGU